UAGCCUGCACUUUUUGCCCUAGUGCGACCAAGGAAGAGAGAAGAAGAAGAAGAAAUAGUACGCUCUUUGAAUCCGUCAUUCAAAUCCGCUUCAGCUUCGAAUUCACUGAGCUCUGCUCUCGUCUACCUCCGCCAAUUCACUAUUCGAAGGCCGGAGUUGAAGAUAUCGGCAGGAUUGAAGUUUAUAUCGGUCUUUAAAAGAGAAAGGUGCGAUGGAUUUCGAUGAGUAUGACUAUUUGGAGAAGACGGUUGAGAAUCCUGAAGCGCUGACCUUGAAGGAAAAUGCAAAUGGUGGCGAGGAGACUUUGAAAUCUGGAGAGAAAGGUCGCAGCCGAAGCUCAAGGCAUAGAAGUGAUGAUAAGUAUCACGAUGGGGAGCGUCGCUCAAAACAUUCAAAAUCUGGUGAAGAUUCGCAUGACCGUGAUCAGGAAAUGGAGAGGGGGUCUUCUCGUCACCGUUCACAGUCCAGAGAUGGAGAAAGGGACCGUCACAGGAGUAGUAGGGAACAUAGAGAUAGGGAGGAUAGGGAAAAGGAGGACAGAAAUGGCAAGGAGAGAGACAGGAACAGGGACAGGGACAGGGACAGGGACAGGGACAGGGACAGGGAACAGGAUCGUAAUCGAGACAAGGAUAGGAGUGAGCGUGAGCGCGAUACUGACAAGGACAGGGUGAAGGAUAAGGAUAAGGAGAUGUCACGUCGAAGCAGGAGUCAUUUAGAAAGGCAUAUAAGUGAGCGGGAUGAAAGAGAGAAGAGUCGUGACAUAGAGCAUAAAGAAAGGGAGAAGGAGAAAGAUCUAUGCGAGCGGGAUAAAGAAAGCAGAAGAUAUAAAGAAAAAAAAGAAGAAGCGACCGAACCAGAGGCUGACCCUGAAAGAGAUCAGAGGACUGUAUUUGCUUAUCAGAUUUGUCUCAAGGCAGAUGAACGAGAUGUAUAUGAAUUCUUCUCAAGAGCUGGCAAGGUCCGCGAUGUACGUCUCAUUAUGGAUCGCAACUCAAGACGGUCCAAGGGUGUUGGGUAUAUCGAGUUCUAUGAUGCGAUGUCGGUACCCAUGGCUAUUGCACUCUCUGGUCAGCCUCUUCGUGGCCAACCAGUGAUGGUGAAGCCAUCAGAGGCUGAGAAGAAUUUGGUGCAGUCAACUUCUGUGGUUAGUGGAGCUGGUGGGAUGAUAGGUCCAUAUUCUGGUGGAGCUAGAAGGCUGUAUGUUGGUAAUCUACACACCAACAUAAAAGAAGAUGAUCUACGCCAGGUUUUUGGAGCUUUUGGUGCUGUAGAACUGGUUCAGUUACCUCUUGAUGAAGCUAACAACUGCAAAGGUUUUGGAUUUGUUCAGUUUCAACGGCUUGAAGAUGCUAGAAAUGCACUAAGUUUGAAUGGCCAACUAGAGAUUGCGGGUCGAGUAAUUAAGGUGUCGGCUGUGACUGACCAAGUUGGAAUGCAAGAUGUUGGAGCAAAUGCUGCCGAUUUUGAUGACGAUGAUGGUGGUGGUCUGUCAUUGAAUGCCCGAUCACGAGCAAUUCUUAUGCAUAAACUGGAUCGUAGUGGCAGUGGAUCAAGUCUUGCUGUCAAUAAUUCUGGUCUACCGGGUGCACCAAUCCUUGGAGCUGCACCAGGAGUGUCUUCUCUUGUUGCUCCCAUGGCCUCUGUUCCUGGUCUUGCUGGACCUGGUGUUCCAGGUCUUCAAAUUCCUACAGCUACUGUUCUUUCUGUAGAUACAAUCGGUGUUCCGAGUGAAUGCUUACUGUUGACAAAUAUGUUUGAUCCCAAAGAAAUUGAGGCCGAACCAGAUAUUGACAUGGACAUCAAAGAAGAUGUUCAGGAGGAAUGUUCAAAAUAUGGGAAUCUGAAACAUAUUUUUGUUGACAAGAAUACCGCUGGUUUUGUAUACUUGAGAUUUGAGAACUCACAAGCUGCAAUAAAUGCUAGACAAGUUCUCCAUGGACGAUGGUUUGCUGGGAAGAUGAUCACAGCAACUUUCAUGUUGCCUCAGAACUAUGAGGAUAAAUUCCCCGAGAGCCGGUAGGAUUAUGCACAUUGGGAAUGUGAAAAAGGCAUACCGGGUAUGCCUGCUAGGUUCAUUUUUCCAACAUAGGUCCACGUGGUUGUAUUACAAGAAACAUUAAGGAUGUCAGUUAAUUGAUGAGAUCUGUGUACAGUUGAAAAUUUUCGGCCAGUGCAAUUGGAAAUUACAAUUAAUGUUUGUAGACUAAUUUAUGCUCCCAUUUGUGUAAAAUUUUCCCAGAGUUUUUCAAUUAUGAAUGGGUGUUGCUCGAUUAUAAUUGCUCAAGCUGUUUGGAUAUGAUGUUACAACCUCAUUCUGAUCCUCCAGUUACAUUUCAAAUGUUGAACAAAUUGUCUUGAGGGAUUGAUCUUGCAUCAUCAUUCUCAUA